UGAUCCGUUUCUUCAAGUGCAUAUACAUAUACAUCUUGUAUCUAUUAUUAGGGUUUCAUUGAUUGAUUCGUUAGAUAGGGUUUUCAAUAAUCGUGAAUGAAAAUGGAAAACAAUGAUUCUGAACAACAACAACAAGAUGUAGUGGGUUUGUAUUUCUUGGAAUUAUGGAGAUUAAAUUCCAAGAAGGCAUCUUUAAAAUUACAAGAUUUUAAUCAUCAAAACCCCCCACAAAAUGUUGAUGAUGAUGAUAUGGAAUUUGAUGAUGAUGAUGAUGAGAGUGUUCCUACUGAACUUGAUACUGUAAACAGUUCGGGUGGGUUUUCGAUUGUAUUACCCGAUAAACUAACCGUUAAGUAUCCGAGUGUGAAUUUACAUGGACAUGAUGUUGGUGUUGUUCAAGCUAAUUACCCUGCACCCAUUAAACGUCUUGUUUAUUAUUUCGAGUUACAUGUUAACAAUGCUGGUGCUAAAGGCCAGGUUGCCAUUGGUUUUACUACACACGGUUUCAAUUUACGCAGACAGCCUGGAUGGGAAGCAAACAGUUUUGGGUAUCAUGGGGACGAUGGAUAUCUUUAUCGUGGACAAGGCAAAGGAGAGGCAUUUGGCCCGACUUAUUCUACUGGUGAUACAGUGGGUGGUGGUAUUAACUAUGCUUCACAAGAGUUCUUUUUCACAAAAAAUGGUCAUGUAGUGGGAACAGUAAGGAAAGAUGUAAAAGGUCGCGUAUAUCCUACAAUUGCUGUUCACAGUCAAAAUGAGGAGGUGACGGUUAACUUUGGGAAAGAUCCUUUUAUAUUUGACAUCAAGGCGUAUGAAGCAACACAAAGGGCAAAUCAACUUACUCAUAUUGACAAAAUACCUAUAUCUCAGACUGCUAGUUACGGAAUUGUUAGUUCCUACCUGCAGCAUUAUGGUUACGAGGAAACUCUGACAGUCUUUGAUGAGGCUACCAAAGCAUCAGUUCCACCUAUUACUUAUCAGAAUAAUGGUCUCAACGAGCAUAACAUGUAUGCAUUGAACCAUAGAAAAAUUCUUCGACAGUUAAUAAGGGAUGGUCAAAUUGAUGACGCAUUGGGUAAGCUACGUGAGUGGUAUCCAUCAACUAUCCAGGAAGAUACAUCAGCUAUUUGUCUUAUGCUUCAUUGUCAGAAGUUUAUUGAACUGGUUCGGGUUGGAAGCCUGGGGGAAGCUUUGGAUUAUGGGAGGACUGGUUUUGAAAAGUUUUAUAAGGUGAAAGAGUAUGAAGAUUUUCUUAUGGAUUGUGCUGCUUUGUUGGCAUAUGAAGAGCCAAUAAAAUCCCCAACGGGAUAUCUACUAGAAGAUUCACAAAGAGAGAAUGUGGCAGAUGCAGUAAAUGCCAUGAUCUUAUCAACAAAUCCAAUCCUGAAAGAUAAAAGAAGCUGCUUGCAUUCUUAUCUGGAGAGACUGUUGAGGCAGUUAACUGCAUGUUAUUUAGAGAAAAGGUUACUCAAUGGAAAUCAAGGCGAAGCUUUCCAUCUGAGAAGAGUACUCCUAGCUAAGAACCCCUAGUUUUUCUGGACAACAAAUUCUUUGAUUCUCGCCCACUGUUGAUAUCUCCUCUUUGACAUUUUUUUUGCCUGAAGUAUUUCCGUUGUAAAACUAAUAACAUGUACAUUUUCUGAUGGUUUUUUACUUGUUUAAACAAUGUAGUCGUUACUAGAUA